AUUGUACGUCAUGGGAAAUUUUUGGUUGCUAUUGUACGUCAUGGGAAAUUUUUUCAACGUGGUGUUGACAAAGAUUUUGAAAUGCCGGCAGGUAGGCAAUCACUAUAUAUAUCACAACGAAACUGAAACGGAAAUAUCCUUUCACUCUACGAAACCAGUGGAAGGGCCAAAUAAUAUAACUAAUAAGAAUGGAAAUGUAUUAAUUAAUGUAAAUGGGAAAUUUUUGGUUGUUAUUGUACGUCAUGGGAAAUUUUUUCAACCUGGUGUUGACAAAGAUUUUUGAAAUGCCGGCAGGUAGGCAUUCACUAUAUAUAUCACAACGAAACUGAGUUGAAUCAGAAUAGUGCUGAGUUGAUUCAGAACAGAGCUGAGUUGAUCAUUAGUGGAGUCUAAAAACUAAAUCUUUGAAAAGCAAGUAAGUUAGAAGAAUUAUUUUAUACAGUAUGAAAGUUUUAUUUAUUGUGCACUGCAGAGUUUUCGCAUAAUAUGUAUAGUUACUGCAUGCUUUUUAACUGCGAGACUUAGCUCGAUUCAUACCUAAUUUUACAGAGGGACUAUAAGUGACGUUACACGUCUAAUUAUCAUAGUACGCAACACUAGAUUUUUAGAAACCUAAUUUUUUUGGCUUAGGGAACUCUAUGUUUGCAAUGGUGAUUUCAACUUGAUCUACGAAUGAUUGAGUUGUCCAAGGACCAUCAAAAUUGCACAAGUGCGAUGAACGGGUGGAGUUUGAACUCUUUAAAAAAAGAACGAGUGUUUGUUGAACGAGAAAACAUACUAUUACUUAUGCAAAACACGUACUCGGCUUACAUUUAUAAUGAAACACAUUCGAAAAAUUUUACUCACUUAUUUGAAUGGCAUGCAUUCCUACUUAAUAAGUUUUUAACUGUCAGAAAUUGAUCGAUAAAAUUGCACUACCCUUAGCCAAUCAGAAACGAGUAAUUUUCUCAUGUAUGUCAUCAAGUGUGCUAUAUAUGAUAGCAGUUUAUUAAUAGAGUCGGCGUUAAUUUUCUUUCUUUGCACAGAAUGUCGCAGAGUAUCAAACUUUACAACGCAGACGGCAAUGCCAAGCUUUUUCACACAAGUUACGGUGAUUUGAAAAACACGGACAUAUACAUAAAGGCUGAGGUUAUUAGCGGCAAGUGGAUUUUGUACCGGACAGCAGACUACAACAAAAGUCUCCAAACUGGCGCACGUCCGUACGAACACGUGGUUUUGUCGACGGCUGAUAAAAAAGUGGUUGAUAUAUCUGACGUCAACGGUUCUUUGUUCCAUGUACCAAGUGCUGUGCAGGCGUUGAUGUUGUUUGAAUUCAAUUAUUACGGGGGAGACAAUCGGGUUAGUGCAACAAGACUUUACUUUCCUUAAAUAUAUUGGUUAGGAAGGCAUUUUGCCUAUGAAUUUGUUACACUGAAUGUUGACCUCGAUGUGGAAAGCCUGAUUACUAGUUUGAAAUUUAAUUUCAAUGCAUUUUGUCAUGUAUCUUUUGUCUCUCGAACAGGAAUACGUUGAAGAACAUGGAGAUCUCGAAGACUUCCCAAAAGGGGCCAGGUCUUCUAUGGUGGGUAAGGACAACGAUUGGCAAGUGUACCCAAAGGCAGGCGAUCAGGGUACACCACAAAAAUUGACCAGGGGAACUGAUUACCAAACAACUGCCGACAUGAAGGUGCCAGUGGUGAAAAGCAUUAAACCAUUUACCUAGUGACAUUUUAGACAUCAAGGUGGCAAGUAUACAGCUCAAUGAAGCUUCAGUAGAAAUACCUUGUAGUGUUUUUGGUUCAAUUGGACUUGUUUUGAAGUAAUUUACAAUGAUUCAGCCUUCUUUAUAGCUUGUAAUUUGUUUUGUAUCAAGAAUUUAUUAAAACAAUUUUUGUCUGGUGUACGAAGUGGCUGUUGAGUUUAUGAACAUUAGUGAUUGAAGACGGAAUUUUCAAACGUAAAUUUCUACACACUGUUAAACCUAACGAUGAGGAGCAGUUGCGAGAAAUGAAUCGAACCUGCAGCCCUGCGAUUCCGAAUAGCUUCAAAAUAUCACUAUCCGGUAUUCGUUCAACC